ACUAGCAGAUUUAUGGGGUUUUACGCACCGCCUACACCAAACCACGGAUUUUUCGAAACAGGAUCUUCGGUUUAUGGUGGUAUCAUCACUGAUCACGAUGCAAGUCCAACUUGUUCGAGCAAAAAUUUUUAUAUACCGCAGCAUAAUCUUGCUUUUCAUUGGCAGCGACCUGAUAUGGUACCACAUACAGUGAAUUUCCCACGUCUGUUAACGCGCUUUUUGGAGAAGGGCCGCAGUGACAUAUGGUGCCGACCUGUAGGACAUUGGCCAUAUGAAGUCUGCAGAAGUCAGUUAAGAAACAGAAAUUUGCUGGCAGUAUCUGUGGAGGACUCGAACAUGCCAGUGAGGCUGUGGGCCGUGGAUGAGCUUUCACCUAGAAAACAAUUAGUGGAAUUUCGUUUGCGCCUCAAAAGCCGGAAAGGAUUUGAAAAAUGGGUGAUAGCAUCAGAGGACAGUGAUGAAGAAGCAGACGACAUUUAUGGUUCCGCAAGAAUGGCGUCGGAAACAGUGUCUCAGCAAGUCUCAGGUUCCUGUCAUGAUGAAACUGAUGUUACUAUGGUAAAGAAUUCCAACGGCCGAAGACACCGCCACGUGCUGAACUUGAAAACACCGUUAUUAGAACUGCGUUCUUGGAAACGGAGAGAUCGGAGAUGUCAGAUCUUGGCUCGAGGCGAAAAAGAGCUGUAUCUCUGUGAUACGGAUGAAGGUGUUGCAUGGACACUGUUCACGGAUCCGGUGCUUUCUCUCUCUGUAGUACCGCACAUGAACGAUGAAAUUGUAUUUCUUGAUGCUGCUAGUCAAAUAUGGUACGGAAAAGUUGGCGAAAACUUCAAUCGAGUCAAAUGCGGCCAUGCCAUUGAGUCAGUUGCAAGCUCUGAUCAUCCUCGUUUGGUAUAUGCAGCAGGAAAGGACAAUGUCUCACUUAUUGAUUUAAGAGAUGGGACUUCAAACGGGGAGACACUUUACACUGUGCCUGAUUUCGACGACACCUCACGCAACUCCUAUCAGUAUCAGUUUGUGCUUGUGGAUGAGCGGAUGCGAGGGCUGGUUUUACUCGAAAUGACUCACAGCAUCUACCAAGGAGGACAUCAUGUUGUGUGUGCGCCGCCAAUCCAGGAUACUGCCCGAAACGGAGCAAUUUACCCGUUCUACAUUCUCCAGCAUGCAGUAAACCCUGAAGUGCAGACCUUCUCACUGUAUCGUCAUUCGAAUUCAUCUCACUGGUCAUCGCUGGCAGCGAUUAGACGGCUGAAAGAACCGCGUGACAUGGCUACAUUCUACAGAGAACACCCCAAAUAUGAAGUAAAGAUUUCACGGGAGGCAGAAAGGCAAUUGUUUGGAAAAGGUCCAACUCGAGCUAUUUGUUGUUUGAAUACGGAUGGGAUCAGAAGCAAAUAUAGAUCAUAUUUGUUUCGAAUGAUGAAUGACGGUAGCUUGUGGUAUGAAGCG